AUGAAAAGCCUCGAGUCUGCAGCCUACGGGUCUAGAGCCAGUGUGUGGGUGUGGUCAGAGUGUGUGAGGGUGUGGUCAGAGUGUGUGGGUGUGGUCAGAGUGUGUGUGGGUGUGGUCAGAGUGUGUGAGGGUGUGGUCAGAGUGUGUGUGGGUGUGGUCAAAGUAGUGUGUGUGGGUGUGGUCAAAGUGUGUGUGGGUGUGGUCAGAGUGUGUGUGGGUGUGGUCAGAGUGUGUGUGUGA